GUCCCAACAGCGAGUGGUUGAGUCCCGCAGCGGGGCGCGGCGGAGGUGGGUGUCGUGUACGGGAUUCCCGAGCUGACGUGGCUUAAAUUUGGGAGGGGGGCAGCUGGCGCCUCCGGCAACAGCCUCUUCCAGAAAUGCUGAGCCGAUUGUCAGGAUUAGCAAAUGUUGUUUUGCAUGAGUUAUCAGGAGAUGACACUGCUGAGAAUAUGAGGACUUCUUUAGAACCUGAAUUACCCCAAGAAUCUGACAUGGAAUUUAAUGAUAGAACACAAGAGGAUGUUCUGGAGCGCCUGGCUUAUGCCGAGCAGUUGGUGGUGGAACUAAAAGAAAUCAUUAGACAGAAGGAUGCUCAACUGCAGCAGCAGGAUGAAGUUCUGCAGGAAGAAAGAAAAGCUGCUGAUAACAAAAUAAAAAAACUAAAACUUCACGCCAAGGCCAAAUUAACAUCUUUGAACAAACACAUAGAAGAGAUGAAGGCACAAGGAGGGACAGUUGUAUCUGCAGAAUCUCAGUCAGAGGAGCAACUUUCUAAGCAUGACAAGAGUUCUACAGAAGAAGAGAUGGAAGUAGAAAAGAUAAAACAUAAACUCCAGGAGAAGGAGGCACUAAUUAGCAGUUUGCAAGCCCAACUUACCCAGGCACAGGCAGAGCAGUCUACAAAGAGUUCAGCAGAGAUGGAAGAAUUUUUCACGAUGAAGAAGCAGCUCCAAGAGAAGGAGGAACUUAUUAGCACUUUGCAGACCCAGCUCAGCCAGACGCAAGCAGAGCAAGCUGCUCAGUUGAGUUCCAUGCAGCAGGUGGUCCGAGAGAAAGAUGCCCGCUUUGAGACACAAGUUCGUCUUCAUGAAGAUGAGCUUCUUCAGUUAGUAACCCAGGCAGAUGUGGAAACAGAGAUGCAACAGAAAUUGAGGGUGCUGCAGAGGAAGCUUGAGGAGCAUGAAGAAGCCUUGCUGGGCCGUGCUCAGGUCGUGGACUUGCUGCAACAGGAGCUGACUGCUGCCGAACAGAGAAACCAGAUUCUCUCUCAGCAGUUACAGGAAAUGGAAGCUGAGCACAAUACAUUAAGAAACACUAUAGAAAAGGAAAGACAGGAGUCCAAGAUUCUGAUGGAAAAGAUGGAACUUGAAGUGGCAGAGAGAAAGUUAUCCUUCCAUAACUUGCAGGAAGAAAUGCAUCAUCUUCUAGAACAGCUUGAACAAGCAGGUCAAGCCCAGGCUGAACUACAGUCCCGGUACAGUGCUUUGGAGCAGAAGCACGAAACAGAAAUAGAAGAGAAGACCUCUCACAUUUUGAAUCUUCAAAAGACUGAACAAGAGCUGCACUCUGCCUGUGAUGCCCUAAAGGAUCAGAAUUCAAAACUUCUUCAAGAUAAGAGUGAACAAGCAGUUCGUUCAGCCCAGACCAUUCAGCAGCUAGAAGAUCAACUCCAGCAAAAAUCUGAAGAAAUUAGCCAAUUUCUUAAUAAACUACCUUUGGAAAAACUUGAAACAGCAUCUCAGACUUCUUCGCCAGAUGUUUCUAACGAGGGUACACAGGCAGUCACUGAGGAGAGUAUUGCCUUUUUGCAGAAGAGAGUGGUGGAACUAGAGAAUGAAAAAGGAGCCCUGCUCCUUAAUUCUACAGAGCUGGAGGAGCUGAAAGCUGAGAAUGAAAAACUGUCCUCUCAGAUUACUCUCCUGGAGGCUCAGAAGAGAAUCAGCGAGGCAGAUAGAGAAGUCAGUGAGAUCAGCAUGGUUGAUAUUAUUAGACUCAAUAAAAGCAGCUGUUCUGCUGAGGAAAGUGAACCAGAUGUCCUGGAGAACACAUUUUCUCAGAAACAUAAAGAACUAUCCGUGUUAUUGUUGGAAAUGAAAGAAGCUCAAGAGGAGAUUGCAUUUCUUAAAUCACAGCUUCAAGGCAAAAGGGCAGAGGGAGACCCUGAGGUGAUUGACCAGAAAGAAAUGAAACAGAUAGAGAGUGAAGGAAUACCUCCGGUUAAAAUGACAGUACUGCUUGAAGAUACAGGACAACAUUUUCCCCCAGUGCCAGAUGAGGAGAGCAGUCUUCCAAUAACUGAAAAAGAAGAGCAGAUGAGCACUAAAUAUCAACACAGAACAUCUGAGGAAAUACCAUUAAGUGAUGCUAGAAUGGAAUUAAAAUCAGCAAAGCAAGAUGAUGAGGAUAAAGCCCCUUCUGCUGUACCAGCUAUCUGUCAGUGUCACCAGGAUGAAUUGGAAAGGCUAAAAUGUCAAAUUUUGGAACUUGAAACAAACCUUCAUAAAGCAGAAGAAAUCCAUGAGAAAAAUUUAGAUGAGAAAGCUAAGGAAAUAGGCAGCCUAACCCAGCUGAUUGAAGAGUUUAAGAAAAAUGCUGAAAACACCAAUAGCGCAUUCACUGCUUUAUCUCAAGAAAGAGACCAGCUUCUUUCUCAGAUGAAGGAACUUAGUGUGGUGACAGAACUGAGGUCUCAGGUACAGCAACUGGAAGUGAACCUUGCAGAAGCAGAAAGGCAAAGACGACUUGACUAUGAAAGUCAGACUGCUCAUCAAAACUUGCUCACUGAGCAGAUCCACAGUCUCAGCAUAGAAACUAAAUCUAAAGAUGUGAAAAUUGAAGUUUUACAGAAUGAACUGGAUGAUGUGCAGGUUCAGUUUUCCGAGCAGACUACACUGAUCAAGAGCCUGCAAAGCCAACUGCAGAAGAAGGAAAGUGAAGUGCUUGAGGGGGCAGAACGUGUGCGGGAUAUCUCAAAUAAGGUGGAAGAACUUUCACAGGCUCUUUCACAGAAGGAACUUGAAAUAGCAACAAUGGAUCAGCUCUUACUACAGAAAAAGAAAGAUGUGGAAACCCUCCAACAAACCAUUGAGGAGAAGGAUCAGCAAGUGACAGAGAUCAGCUUUAGUAUGACUGAGAAAAUGGUUCAGCUUAAUGAAGAGAAGUUUUCUCUUGGGGUUGAAAUUAAGACUCUUAAAGAGCAGCUGAAUUUAUUAUCCAGAGCAGAAGAGUCCAAAAAAGAGCAGGUGGAAGAAGAUAAAGAAAUUGUUUCUGGCCUUAAGCAGAAUUAUGAUGAGUUGAGCCCAGCAGGGCUUAUAAGUAAAGAAGAACUUCAGCAUGAAUUAGACCUUGUGAAGAAGGAAAGUGAGCAGAGAAAGAGAAAGCUCCAGGCUGCUCUUAUUAACAGAAAGGAGCUUCUUCAAAGAGUCAGUAGAUUAGAAGAGGAAUUGGCCAAAGUGAAAUAUGAACCCAGGAAAGAGAUCCCACUCAAUGAGAGCGAGAGGAGAGAAAUGGAGGAAGAUAAAGAAGGCAAAGAAGACAUAGAAAAAUAUGUGACUUCUAAGUGCCAAGAAGUAGAAAGGUCAUUGAAGCAGGUAAUAUCUGAGAAGGAAGUGGAACUAGAGCAUGUAAGGAAGGAUUUGGAAGAAAAGGCAGCAGCUGAAGAACAGUUACAGGCUGUGGUCAAACAGAUGAAUCAGAACUUGCAAGAGAAGACAAGCCAAAUAGAUCUGCUCCAAGCAGAAAUCAUUGAAAACCAAGCAAUUAUCCACAAGUUAACCACAGGUACCAAGGAUGCAGGUGACGGAGACUCAGCUGCACCUGUAAAAGAAGCAGUGGCCAUCAGUCCGCUUGUUGCAGGUAGUGGAGAACACUGGAAACCAGAACUGGAAGAAAAAAUAGCGGACCUUGAAAAAGAAAAGGAGCAACUUCAAAAGAAGCUACAGGAAGUAUUAACCUCUCGCAAGGCGAUUCUAAAAAAGGCACAGGAGAAGGAAAGACAUCUUCAGGAGGAGCUGAAGCAACAGAAAGAUGACUUUAAUCACCUGCAAGAACAGUUUGAUGAGCAAAGCAAGGAAAAUAAGGACAUUGGGGACCAACUAAGGCAACUCCAGUUUCAAAUAAGGGAGUCUAUGGACAGAAAACUCCCAGGCCGUGGCCAGCAGGAAACAGGCUCUCCCACUCAAGGUUUAGAAGAGCCUUUAUACAAAGCCACAGAGCAGCAACCUGCUCACCCUGUUUCAGAGUCUGACUUGUGCUCAGAUUGGCCUCCUUGUCCUGGAAAUACAGAUGUGCUCCAGGGCAAUACUGCUGUUAUUGCCCAGAUUAAGGCCCAGCUGAAAGAAAUAGGGGCUGAGAAAGAAGAGUUAGAGUUGAAGCUUAGCUCUACAACAGGUGAGCUGACUAAAAAGGCAGAAGAAGUAUUUCAGUUACAAGAGCAGAUAAACAAACAGGAUUUGGAAAUCCAAAGUCUGAAGGCAGCGUCCCAUGAAGCUGAAGCCCAUGCAGAAAGCCUGAGGCAGAAAUUGGAAAGCAGUCAACUAGAAAUUGCUGGAUUAGAACAUUUGAAAGAAUUACAGCCUGAACUAGAUGAACUCCAAAAACUCAUAAGCAAAAAGGAGGAAGAAGUUAAAUACCUUUUUGGACAGCUGAGCGAGAAGGAAAUGGCCCUUACUAAAGUUCAGGCAGAGAUAACAGAUCAAGAGGAUUUAAUGAAGGCUCUGCGUACGCAGCUGGAAAUGCAAGCCAAAGAACAUGAUGAGAGGCUAAAGCAGUUACAGCUGGAGCUUUGUGAAGUGAAGCAAAAACCAGAUGAGACUGGAGAAGAAACUAAAGCAAAGCAACAAAUACAGCGGAAACUGCAGGCUGCCCUUAUUUCCCGAAAAGAAGCACUAAAAGAAAACAAAGGUCUCCAGGAGGAGUUGUCUUUGGCGAAAGAGACCAUUGAACAUCUCACUAAGUCUCUGGCAGAUUUGGAAAACCAAGUUUCCGCUCAAAAUACAGAAAAAGAUACAUUCUUAGGGAAGUUAGCUCUUCUUCAGGAAGAAAGAGACAAACUCAUUGCAGAAAUGGACAGAUCUUUAAUGGAAAAUCAAAGUCUCAAUGGUUCUUGUGAAAGUCUGAAAUUAGCUCUGGAGGGUCUUACUGAAGACAAGGAAAACUUAGUGAAGGAAAUUGAAUCUUUGAAAUGUUCUAAGAUUGCAGAAAGCACUGAGUGGCAAGAGAAACACAAAGAGUUACAGAAAGAAUAUGAAAUUCUUCUGCAGUCCUAUGAGAAUGUUAGCAAUGAGGCAGAAAGGAUUCAGCAUGUGGUGGAAACUGUGAGGCAAGAGAAGCAAGAACUAUACGGCAAGUUAAGAAGCUUAGAAGCAAACAAGAAAGAGACAGAAAAGCAGUUGCAGGAAGCUGAACAGGAAAUGGAAGAGAUGAAAGAAAAGAUGAGAAAGUUUGCAAAAUCUAAACAGCAAAAAAUCCUAGAGUUGGAAGAAGAAAAUGACCGGCUUAGAGCAGAGGUACCCCCUGCAGGAGGUAUACCUAAAGACAGUAUGGAAGCACUUCUUUCUUCCAAUUCUGACAUGAAGGAGGAACUAGAAAGGGUCAAAACAGAGUAUAAAACCCUAUCUAAGGAGUUUGAGGUGUUAAUGACCGAGAAGGACUCUUUAAGUAAAGAGGUUCAAGAUUUAAAGCAUCAGAUAGAAGGUAAUGUAUCCAAACAAGCUAGCCAGGAGGCCACUGAGAAACAUGGUAACCAAAUAGAUGUUGUUGAAAAAGCAACAUCUGUUCCAGAAGAGGCUGAUAAGCAAGACUCUCCAAGUAUGAGCACAAGGCCUGAAAAUUCAGAAUCCAUUCUGUUUGAGGACAAUGCCAAGCCUGAUGUAAGUGAGAAUAUCAGCUUACAUGAUGAAAUUAAUAACUACCUACAGCAGAUUGAUCAGCUGAAAGAAAGAAUCACUGAAUUAGAGGAGGACAAGCAGAAAGACAAGGAAUUUAGCCAGACUUUAGAAAAUGAGAGAGAUGCUUUAUUGAGUCAAAUAUCCGCAAAGGAUGGUGACCUAAAAAUGCUCCAGGAAGAGGUAACCAAAAUAAACCUGUUAAAUCAGCAAAUCCAAGAAGAACUUGUCAGGGUUACCAAGCUAAAGGAGACAGCAGAGGAAGAGAAAGAUGAUUUAGAAGAGAGGCUUAUGAAUCAAUUAGCAGAACUUAAUGGAAGCAUUGGGAAUUAUUAUCAAGAUGUUACAGAUGCCCAAAUCAAAAAUGAGCAACUAGAAUCUGAAAUGCAGAACCUUAAAAAGUGUGUGAGUGAAUUGGAAGAAGAAAAGCAGCAGUUAGUCAAGGAGAAAACUAAGGUGGAAUCAGAAAUACGAAAGGAAUAUAUGGAGAAAAUACAAGGUGCUCAGAAAGGACCUGGCAAUAAAAGCCAUGCAAAGGAACUUCAGGAGCUGUUAAAAGAAAAACAACAAGAAGUAAAGCAGCUGCAGAAGGAUUGCAUCAGGUAUCAAGAGAAAAUUAGUGCUCUGGAGAGAACCGUUAAGGCGCUAGAAUUUGUUCAGGCUGAAUCCCAAAAAGAUUUGGAAAUAACCAAGGAAAAUCUGGCUCACGCCAAGGAAGAUCGCAGGAAGGCAGAAACAGAAUUAGCUAGCUUCAAAGUACUACUAGAUGACACUCAAAGUGAAGCAGCAAGGGUCCUAGCAGAUAAUCUCAAGUUGAAAAAGGAGCUUCAGUCAAAUAAAGAAUCAGUGAAAAGCCAAAUGAAACAAAAGGAUGAAGAUCUUGAGCGAAGACUGGAGCAGGUAGAAGAGAAGCACCUGAAAGAGAAGAAGAAUAUGCAAGAAAAACUGGAUGCUUUGCGUAGAGAAAAAAUCCACUUAGAGGAGACAUUUGGAGAGAUGCAGGUUACUUUGACCAAGAAAGACAAGGAAGUUAAACAGCUUCAGGAAAACUUGGAUAGUACGGUGGCCCAGCUUGCAGCUUUCACCAAGAGCAUGUCUUCCCUCCAGGAUGAUCGGGACAGGGUGAUAGAUGAAGCCAAGAAAUGGGAGAGGAAGUUCAGUGAUGCUAUUCAAACCAAAGAAGAAGAAAUUAGACUUAAGGAGGAGAAUUGCAGUGUUCUGAAGGAUCAGCUUAGGCAGAUGUCCAUCCAUAUGGAGGAACUGAAGAUCAACAUUUCCAGGCUUGAGCAUGACAAACAGACUUGGGAGUCCAAAGCCAAGACAGAGGUCCAGCUUCAGCAGAAGGUCUGUGACACUCUACAGGGGGAAAACAAAGAACUUUUGUCUCAGCUAGAAGAGACUCAACACCUAUACCAUAGUUCUCAGGGUGAACUAGCUAAGUUGGAAUCGGAAUUUAAGAUUCUCAGAGACCAGUCAACUGAUUUAAAUAACUCUUUAGAAAAAUAUAAGGAAAAUAAAGAACAUUUGGAAGGCAUCAUAAAGAAGCAAGAGGCUGAUAUCCAAAAUUGUAAGUUCAAUUAUGAACAGCUAGAGACUGAUCUUCAGGCCUCUAGGCAACUGACCAGUAGGCUACAUGAAGAAAUAAACAUGAAAGAGCAAAAGAUUAUAAGUCUGCUUUCUGACAAGGAACAGGCAAUCCAAGUAGCUGUUGCUGAACUGCAUCAGCAGCAUGAUAAAGAAAUUAAAGAAUUAGAAAAUCUACUGUCCCAGGAGGAAGAGGAGAAUACUGUCCUAGAAGAGGAGAACAAAAAAGCUGUUGACAAAACCAAUCAGCUUAUGGAAUCACUGAAAAAUAUGAAAAAGGAGAACAUGCAGCAGAAGGCUCAGCUGAAUUCCUUCGUUAAAUCCAUGUCCUCUCUCCAGGAUGACCGAGAUCGCAUCGUAAGUGACUACCAACAGCUGGAAGAGCGACAUCUCUCGGUGAUCUUGGAAAAAGACCAACUCAUCCAAGAUGCUGCUACCGAGAAUAAUAAGCUAAAGGAAGAAAUUCGAUGCUUAAGGAGUCAUAUGGAUGAUCUCAAUUCUGAGAACGCCAAGCUCGAUGCAGAGCUGAUCCAAUAUAGAGAAGACCUGAACCAAGUGAUAGCAAGGAAGGACUGUCAGCAAAAGCAGCUCCUUGAAGCUCAACUUCAGCAGACUAAGGAGCUGAAAAGUGAGUAUACCAAAUUAGAAGAAAAACUCAAGGAGUCUGAGGAAGCAAAGGAGGAGCUGAAGAGGUCCUCUCUUGCUCUACAGGAGGAGAAGCAAGGUUUAUCGAAAGAGAUUGAGAGCUUGAAAGGAUCUAUAUCCCAGCUAAAGAAACAGUUGACAGCCUUGCAAGAAGAAGGUACUUUAGGAAUAUUUCAGGCCCAAUUAAAAGUAAAAGAAGAAGAGGUACAGAAGUUAAGUACUACUCUUUCUUCCUCUCAGAAGAGAAUUACAGAGCUGGAAGAGGAAUUGGUUCGUGUUCAGAAGGAAGCUGCCAAGAAGGUGGAUGAAAUUGAAGAUAAACUGAAGAAAGAACUAAAGCAUCUUCAUCAUGAUGCCGGGAUAAUGCGAAAUGAAACUGAAACAGCAGAGGAGAGGGUGGCAGAGCUUGCAAGGGAUCUGGUGGAGAUGGAACAGAAGUUGCUUGCGGUCACCAAAGAAAAUAAAGAUCUCACAGCACAAAUCCAGUCUUUCGGGAAGUCAAUGAAUUCCCUGCAAAAUAGUAGAGAUCACGCAAAUGAGGAGCUUGAAGGCCUGAAAAGGAAAUAUGAGGCCAGUCUGAAGGAGCUGGCACAGCUGAGAGAAGAACAGGGCCUCUCAGGCAGGGAGAGAGAGGUUCUUGUUUCUAAAGCUGCAUUUCCGGUGCACUCCACUGGGGAUGACAGCUCACCCCACCUUGAGAAACUUAACCAGCAGCUUCUUUCCAAAGAUGAGCAAUUGCUUCACUUGUCCUCACAGCUAGAAGAUUCUUACAACCAAGUGCAGUCCUUUUCCAGGGCUAUGGCCAGUCUGCAGAACGAGAGAGAUCGCCUGCUGAAUGAACUGGAGAAAUUCCGCAAGACAGAGGAAGGGAAGCAGAGGUCUGCAGCCCCACCUGCAACCAGCCUAGCUGAAGUGCAGAGUUUAAAAAAAGCUAUGUCAUCACUCCAAAAUGACCGAGACCGACUACUGAAGGAGUUGAAGAAUCUGCAGCAGCAAUACUUACAGAUUAACCAAGAAAUCACUGAGCUGCGUCCACUGAAGUCUCAACUUCAGGAGUAUCAAGAUAAGACAAAAACAUUUCAGAUUAUGCAAGAAGAGCUCAGGCAGGAAAACCUCUCUUGGCAGCAUGAGCUGCAUCAGCUCAGGAUGGAGAAGAGUUCUUGGGAAAUGCAUGAGAGGAGAAUGAAGGAGCAGUACCUUAUGGCUAUUGCAGAUAAAGAUCAGCAGCUCAGCCAUCUGCAGAAUCUUAUGAGGGAACUGAGAUCUUCUUCGUCCCAGACCGAGACCCUCAAAGUGCAAUACCAAAGACAAGUAUCCCCAGAGACAUCCACUUCCCUAGAUGGAUCACAAAACCUAGUGUAUGAGACAGAACGUCUUAGGACUCAGCUCAAUGACAGCUUAAAGGAAAUUCACCAGAAGGAGUUGAGAAUUCAGCAACUCAACAGCAAGUUCUCUCAACUGCUGGAGGAGAAAAAUACCCUUUCCAUUCAGCUCUGUGACACCAGUCAGAGUCUCCGUGAGAACCAACAGCACUAUAGCAACCUUUUCAAUCACUGUGCACUCCUGGAGAAGCAGGUUCAAGAGCUGCAGGCGGUGAAUGAGAAGGGGCCACCAAAUAUAGAUGUUGCUCCAGGAGCUCCCCAGGAAAAGAAUGGAGCUCACAGGAAGGGUGAUGCUGAGGAACUGAGGGAGCCACAGAUAAGCUUUUCUGAAGCCCAGCAGCAGCUGUGCAACACUAAACAGGAGAUGAAUGAAUUGAGGAAGCUGCUGGAAGACGAACGAGAACAAAGAGUGGCUGCUGAGACUGCCCUGUCCGCGGCUGAGGAGCAGAUCAGGCGGUUGGAGCACGGUGAAUGGGACUCUGCCCGGUCUCCUAUCAUUGGCUCCUGUGGCUCUCAGGAGCAGGCACUGUUAAUAGAUCUUACAGGCAACAGUUGCCGAAGGACCCGGAGUGGUGCUGGAUGGAAGCGGGUUCUGCGUUCGCUCUGUCAUUCCCGGACCCGGGUGCCACUGCUGGCAGCCAUUUACUUUCUGAUGGUUCAUGUCCUCCUGGUUCUCUGUUUCACGGGCCAUCUAUAAACUUAGUUCUCACCUUUUGGACCACUCCUCUCAGAACUUGGAAUUCCUUCACCUCUAACAUCAAAACCAUCAAUUCCAGUGGAACAGUCUUCCCGCUUACAGGUCCUCUCUCCCACUCUCCACAGAAAGUGCCUGCAGAAACAGAGGUGGAUAUGAGCACAGGUCAGAGCUGCAGGGACCAGCGAGUCUACUUUCUCGUACUGCCCAGGGCCUGACACUUCUGCAUCAUCUGAAGAGGCCCCACAGUUGGUUUGGAGCCUAGUCUUUGUUCAGAUUUUGCAGGGCCCUGAUCUUUUAUGGUCCUGUAAGGGAUGCUGAGGAAUGUCUCAGCCAGGAGCAUGGUUCCGACAAACCUCAUAAUCCAAAGUCCAGUAUCGUUUUGAUUGAUACUUUCUUUGCCUCAUGUACCUUAUAUUUUCUCCCACUUCAGAGGGAAGGUGGACCUGCCAUGAGCAAUGGCAGGGGGCAAUGUUCUGGGGAGCAUCGUCUCGUAGGAUAUCUAAUUAGGUUUCUUGCAAAAUAGGGUGGGAGUGGAAGAAUUCCCCCGGAGAAUGUAACUGUUGGAUCACAGGGGAGGACAGCCUGUCCUUCCCUUGGCUGUUCAGACAUAACUGGAGUGAGGUUCGUGGCCCUGGAUUAUAAGGGGAGGGUCCCAUUGCUUAUCCCUUGAUCACAUGUGUACCGAGGUAUUGAGUGGCCUGUGUCUUUCCUUUCACUGAAUGACAGGAGGCACUGGCUAGGGAUAGUGGGAUACAAUUCUUGUCAUUCCUGGAUGAGCCUCAAAUGUGGGCCGGAAGCCACUACACUAGGACCUAGUCGUAGGCGAGUUGCUGACUCCCAGCCAGGAAGGUCUCCCUGGUCUGACAGCCGCUCCUAGCCUCUUGAAGUACAAAGCUGCUUUGCUGUUGGUGACAGUUAUUCCAGUUUCUUGGUGCAUGUAGUCACCUGCCCUCUUUGGUAACAGCUGAGGAAAACAGAGACUAUAGAGAAGACAAAAAUAUUUAAAUCCAAGCCUGAGAAUGACAGCUGGGUUUGAAUUCCUUGUGUGCCUAUGCCCCUCCCCCACCCUUAACCUGCUGGUUAUUUUCUCAUUUUGCACAUGAUGUGUUCCCUGCCUGCUCUCACCACCCAAAGAGGAGAGAAAACUGGUGGAUGGACUGAUCUGCUCUAAUCCUUUGUUCUGUGGUGGCCAAAUAUUGGUCACAGCAACCCAGGAACUUUCCUGAACAACUGUAAAAUAAUAAAAUUAUUUUCAGAAUGAAA